UAUUAUGUUCACAAGAGCAUUGUAAAAAGUUUACAUAGUGACGGAAGCAAUAAAAACGUUCGAGUCCGAAAUUGUUCGCGUAUUUUUCAGCUUUGUUGCACUCAUCAUUCUCCUUUAGCCACACUUCGUAAUCCUUUCUACGCCAAGAGGUCAUCUGUGUGUGACAGAAUCCAGUGCGCCAAUGGUUUUGUUUGUAAUCCUUCUGUCCCAAGACGACCUUGUGAAGAUAUAGAUGAAUGUUUACUGUCUCCUCCCAAAUGUAAACCAGAUGAAACAUGUGAGAACUACAUAGGAACAUACAGGUGUCGUCGAGAUCCUUGUAUAGGUGUAGAUUGUGGUGAAGGGCGGAAAUGUCAGCCAUCUGGCAGGUCGUAUAGUUGUGCGGAUAUUGACGAGUGUGCUACAUUGCCAAGAAAGUGCACGGGAGAUCAGGAGGUUUGUGAGAAUUACUAUGGAGGUUACAGAUGCAAAUGCCGAGAUCGAUUUCAGAAAAAUGACCAGUCAGGAAAAUGCGAACGUAUGAAUUCUUGUUCGUCAGUUAGAUGUCCCAGUGGAUACAAAUGUGUGGUUAUUGAUGAAAGCAGUUAUUCAUGUCGAGACAUAGAUGAAUGCAGAGAGUCGUCGCCUGUUUGUCUGCCAGGACAAAGAUGUGUUAAUUACCCUGGCACCCAUUACUGCUCGUGUCGCAACGGGUAUCGACUGAACAGUUCCGCCAAGAGAUGUGAAGAUAUCGAUGAAUGCGCUGAGAGGCGGUCUGGCUGCAGGCAAAUCUGCCAGAAUACGCCAGGAUCAUUUGUAUGUAGCUGUAGGAACGGCUUCAGGAUGGCGUCCGAUAGACGAUCGUGCCGAGAUGUAAACGAGUGUCUAAAUUCUCCAUGUUCCAGUAAAGCUACAUGUAGGAAUACUUUUGGUUCUUUUGUUUGCCAGUGCAAACAAGGAUACGAGCUGCUUCCCGAUGGACUGACAUGUAGAGACAGAAACGAAUGCGACAGCGUCACUUGUCCCCACAGAUGCGUAAACACAGGAGGAGGGUACUAUUGUAUCUGUCCAAGUGGUUACAGUAACCAGUCUCGCUAUUACUGCUCAGAUAAAGAUGAAUGCAAAUCUGGUAUAGCUAAGUGUAAAGACAAUGAAUUUUGUUUCAACACUUACGGCUUUUACCAGUGUAUUCCAAAAUUAUCCUGUUCUUCAGACUACGUUAAGGUCAAUGACAAGCGAUGUGAGCGAUCCUGCAACAGUGGUGACCGAGCCUGUUUGAAUCAAAAAGUCCAGAAGAAGGACCUGUGGACUCACCGCAUGCGAAACAACGAAACUUCAUCAACAAUCUUCAACUAUCGCAUUUACACCUAUGGUAAGGACUCGUGGCCUUUAGGAAAACAUGGGAAUAGAGCACAGAAUGGUGUCGUCAGCACUAGGCUUAGAUAGGGAACCAGGCCUAGG